AUUUGAAAGUUGAAAAAUGUCUCUUCAUUCCUCAUUUGGCUAUGAUAGUCUUCGAGCAGUUAUUUUUGCGAAAGCUAUAAAAGAAUGUGAAAGUAAUGUUUAAUUUUAUUGUUAUAGAAAUUUAAAAUGAACAUUAUUUAUCUGAAAGUGGUUCUGAUAUUAAGAGUAGCAUCUCUUCUGAUUCAGAAAAACUAUUAUUUGAUAAGUAAUACUUAAAUCUAUAAAUUAGGGAAUACAUUUUGGAAUCUCCUGAAUCCUAAAUGAUAUUCAAUAAUCAGCAAUCUUCUCUCUCUUAAUUUAAUACUCAACAAUGAUUAAAAUUAUUUGUAUAGCAUAUACA